AUGUCGAAGAACAGUAAAAACCAGUCACCAAGAGCAAAUUACGAAACUGAAAGUUGUGAAGAUUAUUACCGAGUAUCAGUUUUUAUACCAUAUCUUGAUUCAAAUACACAGUCCAUAAAAGAACGUUUUGAAAAAGAAAACAAUAAUGCCUUUUUACUAAAAUAUCUCCAUCCCGUAAAUUUUAAACAAUUCGAAAAAAAAAUAUUGCUCGAGAGCGUUGAAAAAAUUAAUAAUCUACAAGCUGAAGCAGAAAGUUGGUACAAUUUUAGCUAAAAUCGGGACUGCCAAGACAUUAACUUUAUUGAUUUGUUAAAUGGUAACUGUACAUUUUUCCCAAGAAUAGCAAUUGCUUUGAAAAUAUUUACGCCCCUACUAGCUACAAGUUGUACAGCAGAACGCUCUUUUAGUACUUUAAAGUGUGUUAAAACAGAGCUUUGAUCAACGAUGGGUGAAUAUAGACCGCGUGGGCUAUGCAUGUUAAGUGUUCAUCGCAAACGAGUAUAUUCGGAGAAAGUCUAGUUAAUUGAAAAAGUACUAACAAAAUUUGGUAGAGAAUGUCCACGUAGAUUACAAUUUGUAUUUAACGAAAAACAAUAAAUUUAAUUAAAAAUACCUAUGGUAAUUAUGAUGUAUUAGAGUUAAGAAUUUAUUUUACAAAACAAAAUCGUAUUUUUUAAAUUAUGUUUUUCCCCUCCCAGAAAAAUGUCUGCGGACGCCCAUGUUUUUUGUGUUUGUAUUUAGUCGUACACUGUUCGUUGUUGUUAUUUUGUAGCAACAGUACAUUUAAUUGGGCAUAAUAAGGCCCGUAUCUUUCGUAAAAUAAAUAAAUAAAUCAUCAAACAGAUAACCUACUUAUAAUGUAUACGCGCGUAUCAAGUGUUUUCGACAGUUAAAAAUUAAAAAAAAAAAAAAUCAAAAACAAUAAUAUUAACAACCGAUCAUUAUUAGUUGUAGGUAUGAUUCGGAAAGUGUCUACGCGUUUUACAGGUUCCCGGCUCUAAUAAAAUUCAACCGCAGUAAUAUAAUAUUAUAGACGAGUUUACCUACGAAUAAUAUUUGUAAUACCGCUAAACGAUGCUAAUAUUAACAUUCGUUUUUAGGUUCGGCACACACAUAUACGUUGUACACACAACAUAUAGAUAAUAAUAUGAAUGUUCGCAUAUCAACAACAAAUCUAACCCACACAUCAUUUAUACAUUAAGCGAUUUUCAAACGCAACUGCUCGUACCUUUAUUUAUUUUCAUUAGUUUUAAUGUCAACAUAAAGAGAAGCGAACGAACUUGUAUAUAAAACAAACAAAUAACCUACAGAACAAGUUUCGGAAAACAAAUAAUGAAAAAAAAUCGUCGCGAACAAAAAACGAUUUUGAGCGGAGCUCAAGCGGACCUAUUAACUACAAAUCAGGCAAGGCACGCUAAAAGUCGUUUUACUAUAAUGCGUGCAUUUAGACUUUGAACGUGAUGAUGAAUGUAUUAAUUUGGUUUUACUUUGAUGAGUGUUGUUUUUUUUUUCUUCUUUUUUACUGUAUGUGAACAACUUUUCUCCCAGAAGUAGUCUUGUUCCAAUCAAAAAAUAAAAACGGCCUUUUUUUUUGUUCGAUAAUUUUAUUGAACUAGAUCCGAAAUGCAUUGGAGAAAUCAUUUUUCGAUUUUCCAAACGGUUUUCAUAGUUAUUGGGAAAAAUUUGGAAAAAACGUAUAGGAGAAACAGAUAAAUAAUCGUAUUUACCACGAGACAUACAAUAGUACGAAAUUCAUAUUGAGCUGGCCGAAAGUACGUGGAAAAAAAAAAUUGAAAAUGCAUAGUAACUAUAAAAUUUAGAUACAAAAUUAACAAUUUCCAGUUAGUUUAUUCGUUUAUACAUCGGCUAGAGCCGUUUGAAUAAGACUACAUCCAUACAUUUUAAUUUAAUUUUUCAAACUUUUCUGCUUGUGUUUAUUCGGUUUUUAACUGAAGUAAAUAGUGUUAUUUCUUUUUGUUUUUAAGUAGAGUAAGCUCUAUAUUAAAUUUUAAAAAAUUGUUUACAUCUGAUUAAAACCGUAGCUAACACAAAUUAUUUUCACUCGAUAAAUAUACACACGAUUAUAGAAUAUUGUAAAUACCAUUUUAUUCUUGUUGGUUUUAUUAUUUUUAUUAUAUAACCAAACAAAUGAUUCGUGUAAACUAGUAUGCAGAAAUUAACAAUAUUAACCAAUGUAAAUACAUUUUUUUUAAAAAGAAAACAGUUUUUUUUUUUUUAAAUAUAACUAAAUAUAGAUAGGUAGUAGGUGAAUAAUAGUAUAUUAAUUGUGUACCUAGUCAAACGACAUUCAUUUAUGAAAAAAAAAUUCUCUAAAGAAUUUUCUCCUCCGUUAUGCGAGUUUGGAUCCGAUAUUAUUAAUAAUGACUUAACGCCGUUUGAUAAGUACUAUAGGUAUGUUAUAAUUCAUAUUUUGAGUAGAUGACUAAGUAUAUAUAAAUCGCUAAAUGCAGAAAGAGCACAUGUUUCAAUUUUAAAAUUGUUAAAAAAAGACAAACAAAAACUCUAAGAGUUUUAUAAUAUUUAUAAAAUUACUUCAGAAACAUUAUUGAACACGUUGAAAACAUAAAAUUUGUUUUUCAAUUUUUUUCAUAGUUAUUAGUUAUCAGUUAAGUAUAAUAUCGUCUCUUCUUGAAAAAUUGUAACAUAUUGCGCCUUUUCUGAAUUUUGUGAUUCAUAUAUGGAUCAAAAGAUAUUAGUAUAAUACCCAUCAUUCAUCAAAUCCUGACUUGUGCUCUGUCUUGUUGUUGGCCACUUUUUUUAUCAACACUAAGUGUUUUGUUCGUUCAACAAGUGUUGUCGAUAGCAAAGUAUUUAAUACAUUUUGUUUUCAUUGUAAAAUUAAUUAGCUAUUAUACUUGAUUUAUUUCGAGCGUAUAGCGAAGAGUGCGGAUUCUACGCGGGGGACCCGCGGAUUUCUGUUAUACUCAUCCGGUGUAGAACGAGUGAUUAAUUUGAGCGCUGACCAAAUGCAAUGUGUAAUUCAAAGACGCUCAUUAUUUACAGAUAUUGAACAACCCGCGUGAAUACGAUCGCGCGGCAAGUAAAUGAUAACUGUUUGCUCAAAUAAUUUAAAAUACCUACAUUUAACAUGCGCGAUGAAUUAUUGUUUAAUAUUAAAAAUCGUACAGCGUUACAAGCUCUUAACAACAAAAAGCAUUUGGUUUUGGUAUUCAAAAUAUUUACGCAGGUACACUAUUAUGUUGUUAUCGUCUCAUUGUCGCUGCUGUAUAUUUAAAAAUAAUAUAUACAUACAAAAUAUAUAUAUAUAUACAGGACCCUAGAAAGGUCAUUGUGUCUUAUGUAUAGCAGAAAUUAAUGUAUAAUAUUAUACGAAAACAGUUUUUUUUUUUUUUUUUUUUUUUUUAUGACAUUACCGGUAUAACAAUUAAUUUAACGAAAAUAUAUACACGUAUAUAUAAAGUCUAGUACAAUUCUCGUUUAUUAAUAAAUAUUUCACUUAUCUUUUAAUUUUUAUUGUCGGUCAAAGUAUUAUCUCAACAUUCUCAACAGCCCCUCGACAGUGUUUUUAUAACGAAAAUUAUAAAAACAAUUUAUUUUACACAUUUUCCAUCAUCACUAGCGCUGUACCUAUAUAACCAGGUAUCUGUAAUACAGAAAAUUCUUUAUUUUAGGUUUCCUUUCCUGCUUCAGAAUUGGAUCACGAUAAGUUGUUAAAUUUUUAACUCUGUAUUUUAGAUUCUGAGUGUCACGAUGAAGCUGUACAGUGUGAUUUUUUUUUUAUUAUACUCACUCUGAUUUUUGGAAUUUUCAAGAGUAUUGAAUGACGAUAUUUUCGCAUACUCAGAUUUUUCACCCUAUGGACGAUACCACUAUAACUAAGGAACUAUGAAUCGGACAUGAAUGUAUGAUACAUUAAAAUUUUUAAAAUAAUAUAUUUUACAAAAUUACUAUUUCGAAAAUUUUUAUAAGUAAUAAAAUUAAUUAAUUUUUUUCAAUAAUUAAGAUACGAAAAUAAAAAUUUAAUUUUUCCCUACAUAAUAUGUGUCUUCGCAAAAACCCGAAUGAAAAAAAAAAAUGUUUAAAAAUAAAUGUUGACAGAAUUAUUAGCGUAAGGAUAACACUAUAGAACACUGUAUAAUAUAUCCUCCCUUCCAAAUUUCCUCAUAAAACAGUGGCACACCUAUAGGUAGGAUCGGCCUUUUUUAAUUGUAUUAUAUAAAUUAAUAUAAAUAACUGGAAUAUACUUAAAUGCAUGUAUUUGGUGGGUUUUUUAGGUUUGAGACGUCUAGCACUACUUUUUUUUUUAAAAAAAUACCUAUGUAUAAUAUUUUGAUCAAAUGACGUAGGAGUCUCCUUCACAAAGUUAAGAUCAACUUGGUGAAUAUGACUGAUAACAAAUUGUUAAAUAUUCUCUCAAGGGUGAGAUAUAACUUAGAAAACUAAGUGAGAACAAUCAAUUUACAAAGAUAUAAUAAAAUAAUAUAUUUUAAGAAUCAAAAUUGGAUAUGAUUAAUUUAAUUUAAAUUUUAGAUUCUUGGUGUAGCGAAGAAUGUACCUAUUGAAUUUACAAAGAUGUUUUUAUAUAUAUAUAAAAAUAUACGAGGGUUGUCCCAAAAGUAAUGCACAGCGCGCUCUAGCUGUCUUGCAAUGUGAUAUUAUCAGCUGAUUUUAGUAUCAGUUUGUAGCUUGAAGUCUAACGAACACGUGCGUUUUCAGUUUUAGUUGUUUUAGUAAAGUAUGAUGAUGUGUGAGAGCGAUUACGAAAGUGAGAACAAUUCGUCGGCUCACAUUUCUGUUUUUGAGCAACGCGCAUAGAUUAAAAUCGAAACGAUUCGUGGUAAAACAGUGCCUGAAAUUCAUGCCGCGUUAAAUGAAGUGUGUGGAACGGAUACUGUGGAUCGUAGUACGGUGCAAAGAUGGCAUCAGCGAUUCCGUGAUGGUCGUAUAAGUAUUGAUAACAAAAAAGUUCGUCGCCAGCAAACAAAGGUGAAACAAAUGAUGAUUUUUGCUUACGAUAAACUUGGGAUAAUUGUCACUGAUCGAGUUCCAAUUGGCAGUAGUGUAACCGGGGAUUACUACAAAACAUUCGUUGCCAAAAAAUUGCGACCAGAAAUCCGUAAAAAGCGACCAGGAAUGUUACAAAAUGGUGUGUCCAUAUUGCACGAUAAUGCGCGGCCGCAUAUCGGAGCACCAGUCGUCGCUCUUUUGGAGAAAUAUAGAUGGGAACGCCUCAAACACCCACCGUACUCGCCGGAUUUAAGUCCCUCGGAAUUUGAUUUAUUUCCAAAACUGAAGGAACCACUUAGAGGGAUCCGUUUUCCCAACUUAGAUAUACUAAAUGAAGAAGUGAGCCGAAGGAUCCGUGAACUCAACAAAGAUGGCGUCCUAUGCGGCAUUCAAGCGCUCCCGAAACGAUGGCAAUCGUGUAUAGACAAGCAGGGAGAUUAUAUCGAAGGUCUAUAA